GGAAACUCCACUGGAGAAUGAAAAGACCAACACGCAGAGCCUUUCACUAAGGCGAUGGCGAUGGCUAUGCGUGACCAUAUAUUCUCUUUCUCCCCGUCUUAUAUCAUUUAUUUCCUUCCCUUCUUCUCCCUCCAUUUUCUCCCCGACACCUCCGUGGCGUCGUCCUCUAGCAGCCUCGACACGUCGGCGAAACUCUUGUCAACAGAACGGCUUCAGCUUCUUGCCAUGAACACUUCCUUUACUGACUUCCUUCUCUCAGCCGACGAACCUGUGACGGCGAGCAUUGGUAAUACUAAUAGCAAGCGUGGUGGUGGGUUAUCGUUGUCGGAUCGGAUAGCUGAGAGGACGGGAUCCGGUGUGCCCAAGUUCAUGCCGAUUCCUCCUCCUUCACUGCCCAUCUCUCCUCCUACUGUUUCUCCUUCUUCUUACUUGGCCAUCUAUGCUGGAUUGAGCCCGGCGGCGCUUCUCGAAUCCCCUGUUUUGUUGAAUUCAUCCACCGUAUGCUUCUUUACCAAGCUUCGUCAUUUCCUCCCUCCUCCUAUUCUGCCAUCUCCGACGACUGGAACUUUCCCAUCUCAAGCUUUCAAUUGGAAGCCGAACUCCGGUGACAAGCUGCCAAAUGUCAAACAAGAAGACAAAAACAUGUCUGAUUUCUCUUUCCAUCCUCAACCAAUUUUCAAAUCUUCAACUAAACCCACAAAGGCGGACGAUUUUUCAUCCGGGAAGAACAUGGUAAAACCUGAAUUCACUCAGAUGAAGAGUUUGUCAUCUGAGAUUGCCAACAUACAGAGCAAUUCCCAGACCAAUGGCGGGUUCCAAACUGAGUAUAACAACUACCAACAGCAAUCACAGCCAGUCAGGGGGAACGGAAAAUCAGAUGAUGGCUACAAUUGGAGAAAAUAUGGCCAAAAACAAGUUAAGGGAAGUGAAAACCCGAGGAGCUACUACAAGUGCACGUACCCCAGUUGCCCUACAAAGAAGAAGGUAGAGAGGUCUUUAGAUGGACAGAUAACAGAGAUAGUGUACAAGGGCAGCCAUAACCAUCCCAAGCCUCAGUCGACUAGGAGAUCAUCUUCUUCUAUGGCAGUUCAGAGUUCUAAUGCUCCUAGCAAUGAAAUCCCGGAUCAGUCAUUUGUAACCCAAGGUAGUGGACAGAUGGAUUCAAAUUCAACGAUUUCAAUAGCUGAUGAUUUUGAUAAGGGUUCUCGGAAGAGAAACCUAGGACGAGAUGAGUUUGAUGAUGAUGAAUCUGAGGCCAAAAGAUGGAAAAAUGAAGGUGAAAAUGAAGGGAUUUCAGCACCUGAAAGCAAUACAGUGAGGGAACCUAGGGUUGUAGUUCAAACAACCAGUGACAUCGAUAUUCUGGAUGAUGGGUAUAGAUGGAGGAAAUAUGGGCAGAAGGUGGUCAAGGGAAACCCAAAUCCAAGGAGUUACUACAAAUGCACUCAUCCGGGAUGCCCGGUGAGGAAGCACGUAGAGCGAGCAUCUCAUGAUCUCCGGGCAGUGAUCACGACUUAUGAAGGAAAGCACAACCAUGAUGUCCCUGCGGCUCGUGGUAGCGGGAACCACAGGUCUUUAGCGGACAAUGGUGCAACAAAUGUGAUAAAGCCAUCAACUGUGAACCAUGAGUGGAGCAACAAGUCCAAUGCAAACGCGAUUUGUGGUUUGAGGGGAGCAAUAACAUCAGAAGGAGAAUCACCAUUAAUUACACUAGAGAUGUUGCAGAGUCCUGGAAGUUUUGGAUUCUCUGGAUUUGGAAACUCAAUGGGAUCUUUUAUGAACCAAUCUCAUGGACACGAUGUAAUUGCCAAAAGCAAGUAUGAGGCAAGAGAUGACAUGUUCCUCGACUCUUUGAUGUAUUGAGAUGUACAGGGUUUUGGUAGGAAGGAUAAGAAGCCCAGGUUCAUUUGAUUAAUUAAUUACAUUCUGUUAGUUAGUUAGUUAGUUAGUUAGUUAGUUAGUUAGUUAGUUAGUUAUAUAUUCAGAUAUCAAUUAGAACUCUUUCUAUCUCAAAAUAAGUGUUUUUAUUUGAC